GUUUCCUGCUCCACGUAAUGAGAAGAUCACCAAUAUCCUCAUUGACAGAUAAUGACGUCUGAUCGUGUUGGUCCAAGCGGCACUUCUCCUCCAUGUUCACCAGUUGAACCCCGGCGAUAGAGCCCGCUGACCGGAGACAUUUGGACAUUUAGGACGUCGUUUCUAACGGAUACAACAUGUCCUGGUUUACUGACUUUGCGGGGAAAGCUGAAGAAUUCCUGAAUAAAGUGGACCAGGGAGCUGCCACUGCCCUGACCAUUAACCAGGAGAGAACAUCUUCCUUUUCGUCAUCCUAUGGAGAGGAAUCAAUUGUCAAACCUGAAUACAACACUGCAGAAUACAAGACCAAUGCAGCUGUGUCGCAUCAUGCCUACGCAUCCUCUGAUGAGGCACCAGGCUUCGUUGCUGCAGCAGCUGCCAACAUCAAGAGAUCCAGUGCUACCCUACUGGCUGGCACUGCCAACACGGCCAGUAUUCCCGCUGGUUCUCGCAGCAAUGCCCCCAACUCUGCCAAGACCUCGUCUGGCUUUGUGAGGCCCAUUAAAGCUACCGAGCAGGACGUGGACGACGACAUGCUCUUUGACUUUCUGAACAGCUCCGACCCUCCGGACAGCAACAGGAGGGAUUCAAGACGAGAACUUGUGAAAGUGGCAAUUCCGGUUACUGAGGCCCAAAACCCAACACCUCCUCCUUCCACCACUCCUCAUACCAUCCCCUCGGCCCCAUCGACGCCCCCCUCAACCCGGGGUGUAUCCAGGGCUUCCAGCAUGAGCUCACUGUCUGCUCACAGCUUCAAAACAUCAGAGGAGAGCUCUGCUAAAGAACAAAGCCACGACACACCCGAGAGUUCAGACUCGGGCAUGGCUGUCCUGCUAGAGUCCAACAGGCAGGAGUUUCCACCUUCUCCUCCUCCUCCCAUGGAGGAGCCACAGAGCCACAUCCUGUCCAGUUUGCGUCUGGAGAACCAGCUGCUGCGCAGUGAGGUGGCCUCCCUCAACCAGGAGAUGGCUUCGGUCAUCCAGAGGGCAAAAGACUUACAAGAUGAAUUGAACCAAGCGCGUCUGCGUGCUGACAGAUGGAACUCGGAGCAGUCUCAGACUGACCGGAUGGUACGGGAACUUCGGUCAAAGGUUGACGACUUAACAGAAGCCCUCUCUGCCAAAGACGGUCAACUUGCAGUCCUGAAAAUCAGGCUUGAUGAAGCCGAUCAGAUGCUGAAGUCCCGCUGUGCUGCGUUAGAAGAGGCACAGGUGGAGCGGUCAAGAAUAAUGCAAAACCAAACAGAGGGGAGCAGCAUGCAGUCCCAAGCUCUCGAAACGAUACAGGAGAGGCUGCGAGACGCCGAACUGGCCCUCAGGAGGGAGAAGGACAGCUACCGGCAGAUGCAGAGCGAGUUUGCCGGCCGCCUGUCCAAAGUGGAGGCCGAGAGGCAGAUCCUCGCAGAGACGGUGACUGCAGCAGAGCGUCGAGCUGCAGAGGAGAAGCUCAGGGUCGACGACAUCCAGCUGCAAUUGAAAAGUGCCAAAGCCGCAGCUGAGAAUGCCAAACAGGAGUUACAAGACUACAAGCACAAAGCUUCACGCAUCCUACAAUCCAAAGAGAAACUGAUCAGCAGUCUGAAGGAGGGAUCUGGUCUGGACACCCUGGACGGCAGCGGGGCCAUGGCUCUGGAGCUGGAGGACCUGCGUCACGAGAAGGAACUGCAGAGGGAGGACAUCCAAAAACUACAGGGGCAAGGUCACACACUUCGGAUAGAAAUACAGGAUUUAGAGAAUCAGGCCUUAGCAGAGGCAGAGACAUGGCGGGAGCAGCAGAUGCAGUUAGAGGAGCAACAGGCCUUACAGAACAGGGCUAAGCAGGAGAUGGAGGCUGAGGUUGAACGCUACAAACAGGAGCUUCAGUACCUAGAGGAAGAGAACCAUCGAGCUAAAACCACUCUGCAGAGCAGAGUCAAGGACAGGGAAGAUGAAAUCCAAAAACUCAGGAACCAGUUGACCAACAAGACUCUCAGCAGCAGCAGCCAGACAGAGCUGGAGAAUCGUCUCCACCUGCUGACGGAGACGCUGAUCCAGAAGCAGACGAUGCUGGAGGCUCUGGGCACAGAGAAAAGCGCCCUGGUCUUUCAGCUGGAGCGUCUGGAACAGCAGCUGAAGAACACGCAGGGAGGACAAGGUGGAGGGCCGUCCAUCAACAUGAGCGGUCUGGAGGGAGCAGUCUCACGACAAAGAAACACGCCCGUCCUGUUCAGUGACCAGGACAGUCCAGGAGUGUAUGGCCGAGUACGCAACGCAGCGAGCACCAUUGACCGUUUCAGCAUCAGACUGGGUAUCUUCUUGAGGCGCUACCCUAUAGCCAGAGUUUUCGUUAUCCUGUACAUAGCACUACUGCACCUGUGGGUCAUGAUUGUUCUCCUGACCUACACACCAGAAAUGCACCAUGAUCAUCCUGAUGGAAGAUAGAAGGCUUGCAUUUUAGCGUUGGGUGUUUAAAAUAUGUUUGUCAUACAGCCUUCAAUGGGAGGAUGGUAUAAGCUGCUGGAACAUGGGCGCUGGGUCCAGGCUCUCCCUGUUUUGCACAGAAAUGCUAUGAAUUUAAGACAUUUCCUCUGAUUUGUUCUUUAUUUUUUACAACUAAAGAUUGAUAUGUGACAGCUGCAUCGAGUUUUAAAAUAAUGACUGAGCGAUAUAUUAUGUGUAUUGGGUGUAUUGGUGGUUUGCUUAAAGGACAAUAAAUCAAACACAAUCUCA